CCUGAAGUCGUGCGCUGGAGUCAGAACUGCGUCUCCCGACCCAGGCGCCGGUUGCCGAAGGAGAGCUCGCAAGCGAUGCUGCCGCCGCCGCUUCCUGAUUGGCUGCGGGUGGCUCCCUCUUCGUUCUGAUUGGCAGCUGGUGAGCUGGAUGAUGCUGAGCAAGGGCUUGAAGCGCAAGAGGGAGGAGGAGGAGGAGGAGAAGGAAGCCCUGGCAGUGGACACCUGGUGGCUAGAUCCCAGCCACCCAGCAGUGGCACAGGCACCCCCAGCAGUGGCCUCCAGUUCCCUCUUUGACCUUUCAGUGAUCAAGCUUCAUCACAGUCUGCGACAAAGUGAGCCAGACCUGCGGCACCUGGUGCUGGUAGUGAACACGCUACGGCGCAUCCAGGCAUCCAUGGUGCCCACAGCCUCCCUGCCACCUGUGCCUAGUGUGCCUGCAGCCCCUGGCGUGGCUGAUAACCUGCUGGCUAGCUCAGACGCUGCCCUCUCAGCCUCCAUGGCCAGCCUCCUAGAGGACCUCAGUCAUAUCGAGGGCUUGAGCCAGGCCCCCCAGCCCUUGACAGACGAGGGGCCACCUGGCCGCCCCAUGGGGGGAGCCCCCCCUGGCCUGGGUGCCUUGGACUUGCUGGGUCCAGCUACUGGCUGUCUGCUGGACGAUGGGCUCGAGGGCCUGUUUGAGGACAUUGAUACCUCCAUGUAUGACAGUGAACUUUGGGCACCAGCCUCUGAGGGCCUCAAACCUGGCCCUGAGGAUGGGCGGGGCAAGGAGGAAGCUCCGGAGCUGGAUGAGGCUGAGCUGGACUACCUCAUGGACGUGCUGGUGGGCACACAGGCACUGGAGCGGCCACCAGGGCCAGGGAGCUGACCCCAGGGCUGGGAUGUUUGGUGACCAAACAGCCUGGUGGCUGAACCAACUCACCUUGGAAAGACACAGCUGGCUUCUGUAGAACAGAGGAGCCGGAGGCUUCAGAGAGACAGAAUCAGUCCCGGGCAGCUUCAUCUCCAUCCCCUUGUCUCAGGCUGAUGGAGGGAGUCUGGGAUCAGUCCUCUUGAUGGAUGAUAGGGCCUGGUGGUUGGAAUGUCAUUGGACCAGGCCUAGUGCUGGACUGACUCCCCCAAGGUCAUAGCCUGGGAUACUCUCUCCCUGAUGUGGGAAGAGACCCCAACCAGUUUUAUGAAAUUAAAAACCUGGGAAAUCUUAA